UUUUUCACUUUCCUCUCCCUCUCUAUUCGUGAUUCAGCCGCUACUCCGUUCACCGUCUUCAACUGUCUUUUUUUCCUUCCCAUGCACGCCCGCGGCUAACCAAUCAUCACCAAUUUCGAUCGUCUUCUUUUUCACUACACACCGGAGACCACCCCUGUUCGGCAUUUCCUUCAUCUAUGGUAGGCGGCGACUCAGCGGCAGUUUUCUUUUGUUCUUUCCGGCUAGGGUAGGCGUUUCCAGCUCGAAUAGCUUCGGGUUCGGUGAGUGGUUGCGUCGACUCUCUUUCUCUGCUCGUCAGGCCUUCUUUCUCCUUCUUCGUCGCGUUUUCGCUGCAAGUGCCGGACGGUUCCUCCCUCGCACACCAGACCCAGCCACGAACUGGCCUCCUUCUUCGUCUGUGUGUGGUGGCGUCAUCUCCGGCGCGAUAUUACGGCGCUUUUGUCUCGUUUAGAAGCUGAACCGAUCGACUUGUUGAUUAUUCAGCAUUGCUUUGAGUUUGAUCCAAAUUAGAAGAUGAAGCUUGACGUUAACGUGUUGCGCUAUCUCUCGAAAGAUGAUUUUAGGGUUCUUACUGCUGUUGAGAUGGGGAUGCGGAAUCAUGAAAUUGUUCCUUCAGAACUCGUGGAAAGUAUAGCUUCUCUUAAGCAUGGAGGCACUUACAAAGUUUUGAAGAAUUUACUUAAAUAUAAGUUAUUGCACCACGACUCUUCUAAAUAUGACAGGUUUCGACUUACAUACCUUGGCUAUGAUUUUCUCGCAAUUAAAACUUUGGUCAACUGUGGAGUGUUUGUGGCUGUAGGUCGACAAAUUGGUGUUGGGAAAGAGUCAGAUAUUUUUGAGGUUGCAAAAGAAGAUGGCACUGUGCUUGCCAUGAAGUUGCAUAGACUUGGUAGAAUUUCUUUUAGGUCGGUUAAAUCUAAGCGUGAUUAUUUGAGGCAUCGCAGUAGUUAUAAUUGGCUUUACUUGUCUCGGCUUGCGGCGUUUAAAGAAUAUGCAUUCAUGAAGGCUUUGGAAGAACAUGGUUUUCCUGUUCCAAAUGCAGUAGACUGUAAUAGGCAUUGUGUCGUUAUGUCUCUCGUUGAAGGAUAUCCGCUUGUGCAGGUAAAACUAUUACAAAAUCCAGAUGUGGUUUUUGAAACAAUCAUUGGUCUUGUUGUUCGACUAGCGGAACACGGACUCAUUCAUUGUGACUUUAACGAAUUCAACAUUAUGAUUGAUGAUGAUGAGAAGGUCACAAUGAUCGAUUUUCCACAAAUGGUUUCUGUCUCGCAUCGUAAUGCACAAAUGUAUUUUGAUCGUGAAGUUGAAUGCAUCUUCAAAUUUUUUAGGAAAAGGUUUAACAUGUCAUUCCAUGAGACCGUGGAUGACGAAAAUGAUGUAGAGAUCGACAAUGAUGAAGGUGCGAGGCCUUGCUUUUCUUCGAUAUCGAAAGGUGCUGGAAGUCUAGACAAGGAGCUUGCUGCCAGUGGUUUCACACGAAAGGAUCAGGAAGACAUUGAAAAGUUUAUUGAAGGUGGAACUGAGGGAGAUGCAGAUUCAGGCGAUGAAGAAGCUGAAAGCUUCAAGUUAGAUGAAAUGGACACCAAUGUGGUGGAACAACAGCUACACAUGUCAGACGAGGAAACCUUUAACUGUGAUGAAAGUGCAGAUUGUCAGAGGAACGAAGAUUCAGAUAGGGAGAGUGAUGGUGAGGGAAGGGAUGAAAGUGAUGACACAGAACUGAACAGACGGUUGAACAAAUCAUCAUGUGGUGAACAUUUGUUGUUCUAGUCAAAAGUUUUAGCCUAGGCUACAAUGUCUUCUUGUGUUUCUCGUGUCGGGGAUGAACUUUGUAUGAACGUAUUCGUAUUAGUGAUUAAGACACAUACCUUUGAUUAAGAGUUUUGAAGUUUAAAUUA